AUGGAAGAUAGAACAGUCAUACUGACCAUUCUUGAUGGAACAAGGGGAAGUCCAGGCUCUGUUCUUGAUCUCUUCCUAGAGAGCUUUCGAAUUGGCCAAAAGACCCAACGGUUCUUGAAUCACUUAGUGGUUGCUGCUUUGGAUAAUCAAGCAUAUCGAUAUUGCACUUCUAUACAUCCCCAUUGCUUCCAGCUCAGACCAGUUACAUCCAAACUUGCUAAAAGAAAGGGAUCCACAAGCCCAGAUCACCUUAUGCUAAAAAAAAUUAAAUAUGACCUUUUGCUUGAAGUGAUUAAACUAGGUUACAAUAUCGUUUUCACGGAAGCAGAUGUCAUGUGGCUUAGGGAUCCAUUUGUACUCUUCGAUCCCGGUGCACGUGUAACAAUUUCAUGUGCUUUAAGGGGAACCAAAAUCCAAGAUAAGGGACUCCUCUACAUGAAAUCUAGUGCAGAAGCCAUCAAAUUCUUAAAAUUCUUGCAGUUUAAGAGGGUUCUAUUCCCCACGUAUCUAGACCGUUCUUUUUGUGAGAUGGCAGUUCACAAGCUUCAAGGGCACACUAAAUAUGUGGACACUGGUUAUUUUGGUGGAUUUUGUGAGCCAAGUAAUAAUAUAAGUAAGGUUUAUACCAUGCAAUCAACAUGCUGUGACAAUAUAAAGAGUAAAGUACAUGACCUCAGGCUUGUUCUUGAUGACUGGAUCAACUUCACAGCACGAAUGUCAACUAAUGCUAGUAAGCCUAGUAUGGGGCUAUCCUCUUUUUCAUGGAGAGCUCCAAAGAAAUGCAUGAGAAAAAAAAUUGCUUAUACCUAA